AUGGAUGAUAGAAUUGUCAAUAUAGAGAAGGUUCAAGCUGAAAUGCAAGAGAAUUUAAAGAAAGCGCAAGAGGAAAUGCGUGAACAGAUAAUGAAGGCUCAAGACGACAUGAUGGCAAAGUUGGUUAGUUUGUUACAGGGAAAUAGUGCAGUCCAAGGAGAGGCUCUAGUUAUCUGUCCUGCUGCUGAGGAACCUUUAUAUCCCCCUGGCUUCACACCACCAUAUAUCCAUACACAACAAGCCACGAUAAUCCAACCGAAAAAAAUACAAAAAAAUGACAGGCUAUGUGGGAAACGAUCAGCUAUUAAUUCAUUGUUUUCAAGAAAGUUUGGCAGGAUCAGCAAUCCGUUGAAUUUUGCUGACAUAGUUAAUACAGGAGAAAUGAUCGAGAUGGCGAUCAAAAGCGGGAAGCUAGACGGGGGAGAAUCUAGCCGAAAGCCUCUAGUGAGAAGAAAAGAUAAUGAGGUCAGUAAUGUGAAGAAAUAUGAUUAUAAUAACAUUACAGUAUCUCGACCACCGGCCACUGCGUCGUCAGCAUUAAAUCCUGUCCAGCAUGGAGUGAAAGAACCAAGACAGAAAAGAGAAAUGGUUCAAUUUGACCCUAUCCCCAUGAGCUAUAAAGAAUUAUUCCAGAUCCUGUAUGACAAACAUGUGGUGUCACCUUACCACACUUCUCCAAUACAACCUCCUUACACAAAAUGGUUUGACAUCAAUGCUCAAUGUGAGUAUCAUGCGGGUGCAUCGGGGCAUUCAAUUGAAAAUUGUAUGGCCUUUAAAAAGUUGGUACAGAGAUUAAGACAAAGAAAUAUCAUCAAUUUCGGUGAUAGUGAGCAGCCGAAUGUGGCUCAGAACCCAUUGCCGAACCAUGCAGGGACAGGGGUUAAUGUUGUUAUUGAAGAAAGAGUGAACAAAGUCAUAACCAAAGUCAAUGAAGUGAAAUCACCCAUGCAUUGGGUAUGGGGGAAAAUGGUCAAAAUAGGUUGGUUGACCUUUAAUGUUAACGGGAAUAAGCAUGCUUGUCCCUACCACCGUUGUGAGGAUCAUGUCAUUCAAAACUAUGAUGAGUUUAAGGCUUUGGUUCAAAGGCUGAUGGAUAGUAAAGACAUGGAAUUUUACCAUGAAGCUAUGGAGGAGGAAGAGGUAGAGAUUUGUGCUUCCGAGGGUACAUCCAAAGGAGUCUACAAUUCCAACUGCCCUCUGGUUAUUAUGCCGAAAGCCCGUACAGUAGAGAAUAUAACCCCAAAAGUGAUGAUCAUACCCCCGUCGUCCUUUCCCUAUAAAGAUAGCAAACAGGUCCCCUGGAGGUACGAGUGCCAUCUAGGUGAUGUUGGUGUUUCAAAGGGUGCCAAGGAAGAGAUGGAUGAGGUAGGCCACUUCACCAGAAGUGGGAGGUGUUAUUCUCCUAAUUCGACCAAUGAACCCGAAAAAAUAGCAACCCCGGAUAAAGGAAAAAAGGUCGAGAUACAGCUGAAAGAUGAUGAGCCAACAAUUAAUGAGCCUGUAACUGAGAACGAAGCUGUGGAGUUUUUAAAAUUUUUGAAGCAUAGCGAGUACAGAAUCGUCGAGCAACUACACAAGUUGCCAGCUCGCAUCUCAAUCCUGGCUCUACUAUUAAGCUCUGAGGCACAUCGAAAUGCCUUGAUGAAAGUCUUGAAUCAGACCUUUGUGCCAAAAGAUGUGCCAGUAGAAAAGAUAGACCGGUUGGUUGCAAAUAUUCAAGCAGACAAUUUCAUCUCUUUCUCUGAUGAUGAAAUCCCGUCCGGAAUGAUGGGCAAUCCUAAAGCCCUGCACAUUACCAUCAGGUGCAAGGGACAUGUGUUAUCGCGAGUACUAAUCGACAAUGGCUCUGCCCUGAAUGUGAUGCCAUUAGUGACAUUGAAAAAACUACCGGUUGAUAGUACAUACAUGAGAAAUUGCCAAAGCAUCGUUCGAGCUUUUGAAGGAACAAAGAAAGAGGUGCUGGGGAAGAUCGAUAUUCCUUUAACCAUUGGCCCAUCAACCUAUGAGGUCGAAUUCCUUGAAGAUAUCAUUGCUUCCAUAUCUACUACCGCUCCAUAUGUCAAAAUAGAUGAAGAUGCGGUCGAGUGCUCUUUCAGAGCCUUGGAAUUCAUUAAUGCCACCUUUGUUGCCGAAAGAAAGAAAAUUUCGAAGCCUAGGCUAUCCAAUUGUACCAAAAUGGAACUGAAAAUGACUAUGGGAAGAGGAGCCAAGGUUGGAAGAUGGCUGGGAAGCCGCCUACAAGGAAAUAUUAGUCCAGUUUUUCCUGGUAUUAAGCGAGACCGUUUUGGUUUGGGAUAUCGCCCAACCUUAAAGGAAAAGUUGAAAAAUGUUCAAAAGAGCCAGGAAAGGAGGAAAGCCAGGUUAGUCGGGGAAGAUAUUAAGUGGGAACCCAUGAAUUUCCCAUUGUUGCGUGACACCUUCAUAUCUGGGGGCCAUAUGUUUCAGGGGAGUCGAUCAUCAAAAGAGUCUGUUAUUGAAAAUACCCUGAAGGAUUUGGGCAUAAAUGUGAUAUUAGAGGAAGGAAUCGAAGACGGAAGGGCUAUGGGCAUCUACCCCGCACCACCAGGCUUUGUUCUAAACAAUUGGACAGCAGAAGAAUUACCUAUAGAUUUCGAGUUGCCCAUAUGUCAAGUGGAAAUUGAAGGUUAUGAUAGUGAUGAGGGAAGCCACUUAUCUUCUGAACAACUAAAAAUGGUAGAAAGAGAAGAUAAACAAAUUAUGCCUCAUGAAGAACCCAUUGAGAUCUUGAAUCUAGGAUCAGAGGAGGAUAAAAAGGAGAUAAAGAUUGGCACCAUCAUAUCUGCUGAGGGACGACAAAGUCUGAUUCAGCUGCUUCGAGAGUACAGAGAUGUGUUCGCUUGGUCGUAUGAGGACAUGCCAGGGAUCAAAAGUGUUAGUUCUUGUGAGGAUAGUAAUGAUGAGGAUGAGGAUGGAGUUGAUAUUUAUAUGGUCAAAUUGAAACCAUGGUUGGAUCUAAAAGCUUUGGCAAUUGACACGAAACAAUGGAGGUUUGCAAAUGCAGAUUUAUAA